GCGGGUGCGUGCGUUUGUGCGUGUGUCUGAGAGAGAGAACCUUAAUAACAGUCGGAGGAAAAUGGACGGAGUGGGUUCAUUUGGUGCUGGCAGAGCCGGGUCUGCAUUCGACCCCAUUGCCUUUAUUCAACAGCCGCAGACCAUCCUCAGAAUAUUAUCAUGGAUCUUCUCAAUAGUGGUGUUUGGAUCCAUAAUAAAUGAAGGCUAUGUAAACCAUGGCAGUGAGAUGCUCUACUGCGUUUUCAACAAGAACAACAAUGCCUGCAACUAUGGGACAACCAUUGGGCUCAUAGCCUUUUUAGCCUGCAUUUUCUUCCUUUACCUUGACAUGAAGUUCCAACAAAUCAGCAGUAUUAAAGACAGAAAGAAGGUGGUGAUGCUGGACAUUGGAUUCUCAGGUUUCUGGGCAUUUUUGUGGUUUGUUGGGUUCUGCUUCUUGGCCAACCAAUGGCAGCGCACCACCCCAGAUGAGCUGCCCUUAAAUCAGGGAGCGGAUGCUGCCAGAGCUGCCAUAACCUUCUCCUUCUUCUCCAUCUUCACCUGGGCUGGCUUGACUGUAAGAGCGGUGCAGAAGUACAUGCUAGGUACCGACAUGUCCCUCUUCACCAAAGAACACCUCGAUGGCACCCCACCCAUCCAGCCCUACCCCACUGGCCCCAACACUGAGCCCACUGACACAUACCAGAGCCCACCCUUCACUGAAAACCCGGACUCCACCGCCCCAAACUACCAGGUGCCAAUUUACUAAAGCAGUGCCCAGCAGAGUCAUCAGUCUAUGUGGCACUGGCCUUCAAACUGAUGUUCAUAGGUAGUAGUGUUCUGUGAACUUCUGUACAAGAAUAUGUUGAUUGUGAUUUCACUUUCGUUAGGAAUAUUACAUGUUAAUUUACCUGGUGGAAUGAAAACGAUUGAGGGGUAUCAGUUUCAAUGUUGUGUAAAAAAUGAAAAAGGAACAUGUUAUGUUGCAUGUGUUAUAUUUAGAAAGAUAUGAAGUGUCAUGCAUCCCAAACAAUAACUUAUAUAUUCAGUUUCCAUAAUGCCAUUGGGUACUGUAUAUUAAGUGCAACCUCUAAAACAUGGAAAGGCAGACCAUAAUGCAUUUAAAUGUCCUACAACUAAAAUCUGCCAAAAUUGUCUACUUCUGAGAACUUAACAGAGGUGUCUUCAUAAGAGAGGGUUGCGUUCUGCUGUAGAUAAGGUUUUCUUAUGUAUGAAAAGGUAUUUCAAUGUAAAAAAAAAAAAAAGAUUAACAUGUGGAGUCAGAGUUUAAAUUACUGUAAACACUAAAUGUGUUUUGCCUAGCGUAAGAUGUGUGAAUACUUAUGACAAUACAAACUAUGAAGGUUUAAUGUAUCAUACAAAAAAACUAAUUCAAACAACAUACCAAAUGAAAUUUGUACUUAAGACACAACUGCCAUUAGUUAUGUAACAUAGAGCAAUGACAAUUUUAUAGAAGGUUAAAUUGGUAUUAUGAAAAAGAUGAACACAAAGAUACAAUCAAAGUUUAAUUAUGUAUCAGCAUUUAAAUUAAAUAUUCUGUAAUUAUACAAACUUCAACAAUAUCAUCAAUUGCUAUGUUUUCAAAAUUAGAAAUGGGGAAAAAAAAAACUGUAUGGCAAGUCACUUUGAGAUAUAUCUAUGCCAGUGGUUUACCCAGUGGUGUUUGGGACAGAAUGACUCCCUGAUGUGAAGAAAAAAAGAAACUGUUUGGUGACAUCAUCAUUGCUUUGUCUGAAAUGUGGUAGAAUUCUGGUAGUGUUUCUUUGCUCAGAGAUAGGACGACAUACACAAAAUGAUAGCGAUUGUACUUCAAUACAUGUUAACAGAGUAUGUUUGUGAAAGUGGUCAGGGUCUUGUGUUUCUUGUACUUAACACUGCACUCCUGAUAAAAUGCUUCAUGGACCAAUUUUACUAAACCGUUUCAGAGACCUAUUCUGAGGUAGGAUUUCCUGGUUCAAAAUUUGCACCUCUAAUAAGCAUUACAAGUAAAAGAUACUGAAGAUCAGUAAAACUAAAAACAAAAGACCUUGUUUAGUUUUUGUAUUUGUACCUCAUUGAAGGAAAAUGUGCAAAAUUUGCACCAGAAAAAUACUUUCGAGUUCUUGUUCAUGACUCUUUUUAUACAUAUUACAUGCUGUAUAUCUUCAGGCAAUAUAACCCAUCUUGUGAAAGUUGUACACAAAAGAUUUGUUGUUGUCCAAUGGAAUGUCUUCAGACUGCAGUUAUAAACAUUAUGAAGAAAAAAAAAUCAAUAAAAAAUGUUCAUGAGUGGAUCACUCUGUAAUGUGUACCUUGAAUACACAGUUAUACAGAAACCUUUAUGAUAUGGAAGCCAGAACCUGUAAAAUAAACUAAAAAAUGGCUUCAAAUGCUCAGGGCGUUUGUUAAAUUGGGAUUUUGAAGGUGGGGAAACGCCAAGAUCUGGCCAUUCUGGCCCAGUUUAACUCCUUCAAAUCCUUAAAUUAUGAUCCUCCGUCCCAAUGUUCCUUGGGCUUGGGUCUAUGGCAGUGUGAAGAACUAUUUAUGAGGCACAAGCACGAUGCAGAGCUGUGGUAAUUUUAAAAAGAAAAACAAAGUUUAGAGCCUCUGACAUUUUUGACAAUUUGAAGGCAGUGGAAACUGAUGAGUGAUCUUUCUUGCAUUGAUUUAAAUGUAUAAUAGUGAAAUAAGUUGAUAACACCUAAACAAGUGCUGAGGUUUCAUGUCAGACAAUCAUAUGUGCCCUAAGGAGUGCUGAAUGAUCAUUGUUCCCUGGUUUGAUCAUUUAAUUCAACACAAACAUUCAUUGUUCUUCAAAAAUGCAUUUCUGUGUUUAAAUAGACAUUGAUUACUGUACCUUACUCUAGAAAGUCUACAUAUUAACCAUUUUUAUAUUUAUGCGCUGUAGAUUUUGUAAACAGUAAUUAAUUUUCUUUUUUAAAUCAGCCAACGGACAGGAGCGUUUUGAAAUAUUAUUAUUAUUAUUAUUUUUUUUAAAGGCAGUUAACCUGACAGCAUAAAAAAAAAAAAGAAAGAAAAUGACCAUGCUAACAGCAUUGGAAAAACCUGACGAAAAUAAGUAAAGAAAAGUAUUGAAGGGGUAUAUUAACUGAAUUAACGUUAGAACUUGGCCCCCUUCAAAAUGGUUACAGUCCCACUUGCACUCUGAAUGGAAAAGAUCUUGAUUGUUCUUCUUCGAAAUGGCGCACUUCCACACUUUCAACUAAAUGCAAGUACAGAUCACGUGUGCAUUUUAGAUCACCCCUCAUCUUUUCAAGCAUCUGGUGAAGCGCCAGUCCCUGUGUUGCAGACUGAAGAUGUGGAUUCAUCU